AUGCAUCUUGUUGAAGACAUCCUCCUUUCUAUCUUCAAACUCCUUCCUCCUUCCUCAGCUACUACUGUAGCUCAGGCCUCCAAGCUCACAUACCAACUGGCCAUGCCCACUGCACUCUCUAAGAUCCAUCUACAAGACUGGUGUGAUUGGAACCCCACAGGCACCAUUGAAUGGGUGAAGUGGCUCACUUCUGCUCAUCCUUACCUUCCCUACCCUCCCUGUCACUAUAUCAAGUCCCUCCACACCCCCUAUCACUCCGAUAUUCUCUCCACCCACGUUUUCACGGAUAAGCUCCUCAGCAAGAUCCCAAAUCUCUCUGAGCUUGUGGUUCUGAACACGGGGGAACAAAUCGACGUUUUUGUCUGCCUUCUAUUCAUACCCACUUUGACCACACUCUCCAUGAGCUCAGCUACCAUCGACAAUGUCCUCACGGUUGCUCCACUCCUUCCCGACUUCCCAAAACUCUCUGCAUUCUCCUUGUCACUCCAGAGGGGGUCUAUUCCAGUCGAUAUCACCUUCCAGGACUGGAACAUCCUUCAUUCUCUCAUCCUUCAACUCUCCAAAGUCCCCCUUCUUGCUUCUUUAUCUUUGACAGGAGACGAAGAGGAGAACGAGCAUGAAGAGAAGGAGUUGGCCCAUUGGGAUCUCAUCCAGGAGCUUAGCAUUGCAUCCCCUCUUCUAGACCUCCCCUACCUCAAACAUCUCAAGCUCCAACAGUGGCAGCGAUCCUUGGUUCCCCCUACCUCCUCUCUUCUCCACCUUUCUGUCUACUGCCACACCACGUUUGAGGUCUUGUGGGCUCACACCUGGCACGACCUCCAGACCGUUGAGAUUGACUUCAUGCUCGACGGUGACGAGGAGAUCUUUGGCGAGAGCCCACCCAUCGACAACUACAAGAAUCAUUCCUUCUCUCACAUCGACUUCCUCGAGUUCACUCAGAAGUGGUAUAUUCCUUCACGCUCAGCCACCAUGUACGACUUUGCAGAGUUGCCACACCAGCUCUUCCACCAUAUCAAGUCUUUGUCGUCCCUUUCCUUUGCCGAUCUCAUGUGGGACGACUGCGAAGAUGAGCUCAGAUGCGAGACUUUCGAUGCAGCUGCCAGGUUGAAGAUUAGGUCGUUGACCUUCGACCAUUUCUAUUAUCCUGCGAAUGGUUUCGAAGACAUCUUGUCGACCAUGCCCCAGAGGUUCUCUCCCAUCCCUCUCAUUCAUCUCAGCAUCAGAUUCGUUCCAGAUCUGUUUAAAGACCUUGCCAUGGAUCCCCUCACAGCGUGCAAGAGGCUAGGGCAGAAGCUGGCAGAGUUCAUUCCUACCCUCAUGGUUCUGGAACUGGAGGUUCUUGACGCAGAUGACGAUGAAGAAAGAGUCGUUCAGUGGUGGAGAAUCGAGCGUCGAGAGGAGGUCCCACGGUUGGAAGAGAUAUGGAGUGAGGUUGGGGAGGCAGCUGUUCAGUUGAUUCAGAGGAAGGCCUUCAAGCUGCAGGCUCUGGAAGGGCGUCCUUUGGAACACCCUGGGCUUGUUGAGGUUGUCAGAGAGGCAGUCAGACGGUGGGACGAGAAGGUCAAGGGCGGCGAGGAGGAGGAGGAGGAGGGUGGGCAGCAUCUGCGCGUGGACGGCCGUAAGGCCACCUGUUUUGAGCGCAAGGUGUGGGCGAUGGGUGAGAAAGGACGGGAGACACCCCCCGCCAUAUCUUGCGCGCUGCAGGAGGAAGGGUGGGGCAGGGUGCAGGAGGACAGGGCCAGGGACUUACUGGGAGACGACCAGCGCCACGGAUGUCCAUUGGGACGUCCUCGGUGGUUUGAGGUGGUUGGGGAGGCAGGCAAGCAGCGGGACAGGGAAGUUGAGGGUGGCGAGGAGGUGAAGGAGGAGGAGGAGAGAGGCGCGCGUACGGACAGCUGUAAGGCCGCCCGAUUUGAGCGCAGGACACUGGUGAUGGGCAAGGAAGGACAGGAGACACGUCCCGCCGCAUCUUCCACACUGAGGGAGGAGGAUUGGGGCAGCACGCAGGAGAGACGGGCACAAGUAGUGAUCACCACGGGUCACCCCCGGACCCGUGAAACCCGGACCCGUGAGCUCACGGGUCAGGGUACGCUCGGGUACAGCGCUUACGACCACGGGGGCGGCUUUUCAAAACAACACGCAAUGGACGUCCUUGACCACCUCUGGGCCCACCGCGAGUCCACCUCUGGCUGGCCUAUUGAGAGCCACGAGGACGUUCUCGCCCCCUGGCUCUACUGGUUAUCCUUCACCCCCGAAAAAAUCGCUACCUGCUCGCCCGCCCUCCGCACUAUGCUUGCGAAUCACGUCGGGUCGUACACCAUGGGCAGCGGGCAGGCGUGGAGCGACCGGAUGAUGAGCCUGAGGGCGUGGCAGGUGAACAACUGGGAGCGGUGGACGGCGUGCCCCUCGGUGGCCUCAAGUUCACGCUCGGCUCUCUGUCCGGGCUCUAGGUUUGAUGCGAUGGACGAGCUGAACGCGUACCGCGCCCACUCCUUCCUGGACGCAUACGCCAUCAAGCACACGGGGCGCGCGCGUGGCGGGAGGCGCAAGGUGGACAUGUGGAGGGAGGAGGAGAAUGCCGAGGUGCAGGCGUGGAAGGCGGAGAUCUUGGCGAGGAGGGCGGUGGAGGGCGAUGAAGACGAAAACACGGACCUCGACGUUGAACUAGACGGCAACGACGACAACCGCCACUCCGACCACUACCAUGACCACGAGAUGGACGACACGCAAGGCGGAGCGGCACAUAUCGACCGUGUGCACCGACAGGUCCAGGACGGGCUCGACACGGACAUUGAAGAGCUCAUCAACGUGGUCUCGAGCAAGGACGACGAAGAACACAAGCCGGAGGAUGCGCCCUCGCGCGCGGCGAGCCCGACAGACUCGGACAUGGACAUCGGGCGGACGUGCUCUGAGGUCGAAGACGUCUUCAUCACCGGCGAGGUUGCUUCUUUGACCCUUCCGCAAUACGCACAAGCCUGUCACAUAUGCCAGAACGAGCUGAACCGGCGUGUCCUGGCUGCUACGCUCUCGGCCUGUGCCCGCGCUUCCAGCGCGCGCGCGUCUGCCACCGCCAUGGCCCGUGACGUCCACAAGCAGGAGCGUGAGCACCUCCAGGCGCGCGCGCACCGCAUGCCGUCGUGA